UGGUGCAUCGACUUGUCGACGAAACGAUUGACAUGCACAUUUGCCCUGUUGACCGUCGGAAGAAGUGGCAAGUGUGGACAAUUCAAACAUGCAACUAUGGGUGUGCCCUUGACAUGAGGUUGUCACGUCGAUUAUUGGUGGCACGGAUGUGACACUGAACAUUCGACGAGGUUUCCACAAUGCUAAGUCACAGAGACCACAUCAUGCGUAUCACCGCCACCACGGCUGCUCACUUCGCAUGGACACGUCGACUUUUUCGGAGAAAGGACGAGCGUCAGCAGAAUUGUUCAAGUUUCGACCAGUCAUGGGAUGCUGCUGCACAUACUCCCGAGUGCAUGGGUGAAUGCCAUGAAAUUCCUGCACAAGGAGCCAUCACAUGGACAACAGUAACCGAGAUUAAGUUUUGCCGAAGUCAUUGGCAACAUGCGAAUCAUUCGGUGUCCUUUGGAUAUGCAUCACACCACGAGCGUCAAGGGAAGCACAAGAGCACGCACUCGGCGACUUGGAUGGUUGCGCAGUUCCGCUCCAUGCACAUUCCCAUGAGAAGCGUGGCUCCAUCAAACCCAGCCUCUACGAUGCGUUGGCCAUCUUCGAUGUGAUUGCCACAAUCUCUGCUGACAAUUGCCAUCCGGUUCUGAAGUGACAUUUCACUGUUGUGAAGUUUUCGAUCCCAUGGCACGCGGUAACCUCCUAACUAUAAUACGCAGGUUAUUAGGUUUUACAGGAUUGCGACGUUUUUGGCGGCAACCAGCGGCAGACAAGAUGGAGUCGGACACCGACCACAACGACAUGAACGACGCGUUUCCUUCCGACGCGGAAUUGAACGAACAAGAUGAAGCAUCGGAUUCUUUUGCUGGCGAAGAAAGAGAAGCCGCUGAGCACGAUGAGAAUGCCGAGGACGAUGUCAAGAGUGACCACGACGACACAGCACACGGAUCUAUUGUACAGGACGCCUCAUCGAAGAAGCUGUCGAAACCACUGUCGGCAUACUUUCAUUUUCUCGCGGAGAAUCGAGCCGCUGUCAUCGCCGAGAAUCCUGGCCUCGGCAUCGGUCCCGUGCAAAAGAUUCUCAGUACCAAGUGGAACGAACUGGAUGCGGUCGAAAAAGAGCCAUACGUUGCCAAGGCCACAGAGGACAAGCAACGAUACAUGAAGGAGAAGCAAGCGCUCGUCGACCGAGGCAUCGACGUCGACGCGCCCUCCACGAAGCGUGCAAAAUCGAGCGACGACCAUGUCUUGACACUUCCGAAUGCUCGCGUCAAGCGCAUCAUGCAGACCGACCCCGACGUCCACAAGGUGUCCAAGGAAGCGGUGCUAGCGAUCACGAAAGCUACGGCACGUUUGACAGUCUAGGCGACUCGACAAAUCGUUCGUGUAGGAGCAGUUCAUUCAAUUCCUGACGACGAAAGGCCACGACAGUGCGGUCAUGGCCAAGCGAAAAACGGUCAAAAACAGCGACGUCUUGCAAGCCAUCCAUUCGCAUCCGACGUUGGACUGGCUGCGAGACGACUUUCCCGAGAGGACGAAACCUCCACCUGCGACCAAGAAAGAAGCGGUGGCGCCAGGGACGGCACCAACUCCUCCAGCGCCGCCGGCAACCUCCAGGAUCACGUCCUUCUUCACACGAGCAUAAUCGAGGCAAAUUCCAUUGCAGGCAGCUCCCGCAAGUGUUCGAUGCUAUCCUUUGUCGCGAAUCAUCCGAUCGCCUGCGCCAGAACUACGGCACACUCGUCGCCAAC